AACCGGCAGGCAGAUGGGUGUGGAGUCAGGUAAGGUUAGCCAGUUGCAUUCCAGGAAGAGAGAUCUCUGACGACAGACAUGGCUAAAUUCCUGUCAGGAACUCAGAUCAACGAGUUCAAGGAAUGUUUCUCCUUGUACGACAAGAAGCGCAAGGGGAAGAUUGAAGCCAAGGACCUGAUCACAGUUAUGCGCUGUCUGGGGACGAGUCCCACCUUCGGUGAGAUCGACCGACACCUGCAGGUCCACAAGAUAGAAAAGAAGGGCGAGCUCGACUUCUCCACCUUCCUGACCAUGAUGCACAGGCAGAUCCAGCAGGAGGACCCCAAGGCGGAGAUCCUGGAGGCCAUGAGGAUGACGGACAAGCAGAAGAAGGGCUACAUCCUGGCCUCGGAGCUCCGAGCCAAGCUCACCAAGCUAGGAGAGAAGCUGACUGAUAAAGAAGUGGACGAGCUGUUCAGAGAAGCCAACGUGAAGUCUAAUGGCAACGUGCACUACGAGGAGUUCACCAGGAUGGUGACACUACCGUCAGUGGAUUACUGAGGGACAGGAGGAGAUGACGUCCUUUAUGACAGGGAAGCAUGGUCAUGGAAGGGACCUGGUUAUGCAUGCACUGAGCAUUACCCAAACACCUGCAUGCACUUAAUUUAUUGAUCAUCUAGGUUUGUGUCUAUUGUACGCUACUUUCUAUCAUUUAUACAAGUGCAUUUGAUGAAUUAAAUGAUGCCUUUUUUAUUUUAAUUGGGGGGUUUUAUUUGACUUGCUGCAGGAAGAGUAUCUGCUGCAUGCGCAAUAUGUAAUGGACAUUAAAAUAAACAAAAUCAACUAAAA